UAGACAAUGCCGAAAGAACACACACCUCUAAGGCAUUUCAAUGAUACCGAAACACCUUCCAAUAAAAUUACACUAAAUUUUCGAACAGUAUUUGGUAAUUACCACACAUUUAUCGCACUGACUUAAUCUGUUGUAAACAGCGAGUUAGAAAAAACAACUAAUAUCGAUACCAGAACUCGAAUAACUUGGUUAAAGCCGUAUUCGAAUCGCUCUCUCUCUCCCCCACCUCAAGUAUAAGACAAUCGUGUCUCCCCACGCACACGGGCUAAGAAAAAAGUUAUAGAGCACUGGCUUUCUCACGGAAAUAGUUCCAUCUCCCAAACUAAUCAGGUUCUUUUAACUAAAAAGCCAGAAGGGUGCUAUACAAUAAGGAAAGGAUAUUUUUUUUGCUUUAGUAGAAAUUUCCAAGAAGCAGAAAAGAAAAAAGUCGAUAAAAAGCAUCACUGGAGAGUCUGUCUCAAAGUUAAGAAAAGGAAAUAUUAAAAUAAAAAAAUAGUUUAAAGAAGAAAAAGAAUAAGUAAUUAUACUAAAUGCUUUCAAAUAUUACUGCGGCCAACUCACUGUAUUGAUUGUUCUUCCAGUGCUCAGCAAUUCUCGAAAGCGGCUAUUAACUGAUAAUUCAACCCCUGUUGAAGAUAAACAAAGAAAAGCCAAUUCGUUUUUCAAUAACUCAGAGGAAGAAGGAAGUACAUGCAGUGCAACUUUAUAUUGUUAUCAAUACACAUUUUGCGAUCCGAAAGCUCACACAAGGAUUUUGUGUUAUGUUCUGUUGAAGCCGUCACUCGCAACGUUUCCCUGGACUUACAGCCGGAGAUACGCAGAGAGUGCUGUUAGUUCAUCGGUCACUGUCUAUUCCUUCCGUGUAGUAGAAGAGCCAAAAGUUGAAACAAUUCUUCUGGAAAGUAAAGUAAGAGAUAAUUGGAUUCAGAUCUGUUUAAAAACUGUGGUAAGUUCCAUAAGAAACAUUUGGACUAGCUUUAUUUUCACUGCCACUUUCAUAUUGGCAAGGAGGAUUUUUUCAAACUCUGUGAGCAGACCAGUGUCAAAUUACUUCACUCUUGAGUACGCCGAUCGUUGUGGUUUCUAUGUAGAUUCUGUCCUAUUUCUGAAGAAUCUGGAGAUGUUUUUUUCUCACUGUGCUUGCUCCUAGUGGAGGUCGAAGAUGAAAACUGGAGCUUGGCUGUACAAAUCCAUCAGAUCCAAGAAAAAAGAGGAAACGUUAGGGGCCCACUCGCUGUCCGGGAGAGUCUGAGGAAAGACAAGGGCACGAGAAUCUUUUCUUCCUUCUCUGAUUUCUUUCCCAGUUCAGGAUACGCCAAAAGAAGACAAUGGCUGAUCACGUGACGUCCAUUAGCCAGACAGCCACAGUGAUGGUCGUGACGUUGCUAGCAUUCGGACUGAGGCCCAGCGCAUGCUUGUGUGAGACAAGGUGUGAGCAGUCCAUACCCUCACUCAACAGGCUGAGGACUUACUGGUCGCGGUCCUUCAAGAGGGUGGGAGAGCAAAGACUUUCUUUUGAACAGUUUUUAUUAUCGUUGGUGCAAGCAUCAGAAAACGGCAACCCCGUGAUGAGAAGACUCCGGUCAUCGAUUCUACGCAUCAUUGGUCGGUAUCAGGACUGCGUGAUGGCUUGUGAGCACCAGUUCAGCAAACGGAGUGGGCGAGCCCAGGUCAACGCCUCCUACUGUACCAAGUAGAACAACAAUCAAGACAACAACUUCCUCGCUCCCUGUCCCAGUAUUGUUCCUCAAGGGUUGCCGACAGAUUGGUCACGUGAUACUAGUAUGGCCAAUCGCCUUUUGUUCAGGCUUCUCAUCGGAAGUUCCGCCAUCUUGGCCGUCGCCGGCAGGGAGGACACUCGUCUGGGAAGCGGGGAAGGAGGGCGUACUCAAGAGGAGAAUAAUAAAUUGACUCUGUUCU